CCUGAUUGGAGUCGAGGGUCACGAUCUGGCCGGUCAUUGGCCGCGGUGCCCGCCAUUCCCCCUGAGCGCGUGCCGGACCAGCGUACCUUGCGGGCAGGCCCUCGCAUUCCCAGCGUGCCUUGCCCCGGCGAGUUCCCGCAAGCCCCUGAGGCCGCAGAGCGCUCGCUCGCCCGACACCCGCUGGGGCUUGUCCCGUCGUGCCCCGCGGCCGGCGCUGGCUUUUCCCGACACCCCCCGGGGCGCGGCGGCGGCGGUCUCCGCGGACAAGAUGGCGGCCCGAGGGCGACGGGCGGCGGCGGCUCCGCAGGGCCCGGGCGGCGUCAACAUCUUCGCCAACGACGGCAGCUUCCUGGAGCUCUUCAAGCGCAAGAUGGAGGCGGAGCAGCGGGGGCGGGAGGCGCCGGCGCAGGGGGGGCAGGAGGCAGCGGCCGCCGCCGGGACGGUGGGGCCUGGGGAGGAGCCGGUGGCAGGGGCGGCCCCGGGGGACUCCGGGACUGAGCAGCAGCGGCCGCCGGAGGGGAAGAAGAGGAGCGGGAGCGCGCUCAGCUUCGUGGGCAAGCGGAGAGGUGGCAACAAACUAGCCCUGAAGACAGGAGUGGUAGCAAAGAAGCAAAAGACCGAGGAGGAGGUUUUGACAAGUAAAGGAGAUGCCUGGGCCAAAUACAUGGCAGAAGUGAAAAAAUACAAAGCCCACCAGUGUAGCGAUGAUGACAAAACAAGACCCCUUGUUAAAUAGCCCUUCUUUCUGCUGACUUCCGUGAGGACGCUCUGUUGUACAUACUUAUUUAAAACAGCGAAGGAGGGUAGCUAGUCACUGUGAACUUAACACAGCUGUUUCUAGCAUUGGCUCCAAUGGAUGGUUCCCACAGACGUUUUUUAUAUACCCAGGCGCGCCGAGACUUUCGUUAGUCUGUCGUUUACUUAGUUUUGUUUUUCGUUGGUUCCUUCUGGGAAGUACGGACUCUGAAUUAGUUGUAGCUUUUAUUUUUUUAAAAGAAUCCAAACUAGUGGAAUCCCGACAAUGUUGUAUAUUUCCACGGCUGUCAAAGCAAAAUCUAAUCACCAGCUCUCGCAUGUGAGAUACAACUCGCUUCCACAUCUGUACACCACCACCACCCCUGCUCUUCCCUCUCACCCACUGAGGACUCCAGCCGUCUCAGCAAGUUGAGCUUCAUACUAGCUAACUUUGAGUAGAAACUCUAGGCGGUAGAGGGCGGGCGUCAAACUCCAUUAUUAAAAGUAAAUGUGGAUGCCACAAUUGCAUUUACUCAUUAAAGACCUUGGAUAUUUUUAAGCUG